AUGGCUUCAUCAUUUCCCUUCACUGCUUCUUGCUUUUUCCUCUUUGCAUUGGUCAUUUUCUCAGAAGGGCAAUCUUCAGUACCGGCCCUUUAUAUAUUUGGCGACUCUCUUGUGGACGUGGGUAACAACAAUUACAUCAACGAUUGUAUCUUUAAAGCAAAUUAUCCUCAUCAUGGUAUUGAUUACCCCGGCAGAAAACCAACAGGGAGAUUUUGCAAUGGCAAAAAUUCAGCUGAUCUUUUAGCUGAAAAAGUGGGCUUGACGGCAUCCCCUCCGCCAUAUAUGUCCAACACGAGUGAUCUUUUCCUGGAAGGUGCUAGCUUUGCUUCUGGAGGUUCAGGACUCAUCAAUUCCACCGGAGGUUUCCUGAGAAUGUGUAUGUCUUUGAAAGAAGAAGUGGAAUAUUUCACGGCACUCCAUGAUCGAUUGGUCCAACAGUUUGGCACUACAAGAGCCCAGCAACAUCUAUCAAAGUCUCCGUUUGUGGUUGUCAUCGGCAGCAAUGAUAUUUUCAAUUAUUUCUACAAAGCCGAAAUAAGAGUGGUUAAAACUCCUGAUCAGUACAUCCAUGAAAUGAUUGCCAUUCUCCAAGGAGUCUUGACGGAAUUACAUAAUUUGGGAGCUCGCAAGUUCGUUGUGGCUGGGGUAACAAUUCUUGGGUGUACUCCAGCACUAAGAUUGGAGAUCAACAACCAAGAAUGCAAUGCAGAUGUGAAUACUAUGGUGACCAAAUACAACCAAAAUCUCGUAACAAUGUUAGCAAGAUUACAAUCCGAUUUCAACGACAUUAACUAUACUUACAUUGACACUUUCGCUGUUGUUGAAGGCAUCCUUCAGAAUCCUACAAUUUACGGUUUUAAGGAGGCGAAAUCGGCUUGCUGCGGAUCAGGGAAAUUGAAUGCCGAUAUGUAUUGUACACCUUUUGCGAUAUUCUGUCGCAACAGAACAGAUCACAUAUUUUGGGACAAAGUACAUCCCACUGAAGCAACGGCUAGCAUUGUUGUCGAUACACUUUACAGUGGUUCACAACCAUACGUGAGUCCCAUCAAUUUGCAACAAUUGAUUGCUCUCUAA